CCCGUCCUUUCCUCAUACAUGCUGCUGCUAACAAAGGAGACAACAACAGGGUGACGAUGGGUGCUCAGACAACAAGCCUGCCAGAAACACAAUAAGAAACUCAACCGGCUUGCUUUUACUUUGUGGAUAUAUAUUUUUUUAACUAACUAUUUUUUUUUGCCGAGGGACCAAUUACGUUUUAAGUAACUUAGCUGUGCACAGAACCGAUUUUAACGUAAAGCUUUAUUUCUUUCCAAAGCUAUCCAUGUUGGACUACCAACACUACAGCCGAAUAACAGAGGAGAAAGAGUCAGACAUGCCUGAAUAACACUGGUGUUGAUGUCAUGAUCACAUUGACCUUUGCCGCCGAAGCCUGACGUCUGAUUGGUCAGUGCUGGGAGUUCAAACACCGUGAGAGAAGACUAGCUACCAUGUCUGUUCAGGAAGCAUCACCCCUCAAACCUCAGGCCAAGCCGAGACCGCACAUCGCUCCGAAACCAUCCCCAGAAUCCACCACCCCUCCUUUUGGGGACAGGGGCAGCAGCGCGAGGCGUUCUGGAGGGAAGGUGAAGAGGAUUGUGAGCAAGUUCAGUAAAAACGAUUCGACUGAAGUCGGGGAACAACCCACCAACGGUACCGCAGAACCCAAGGCUAUUAAGCGCUUCAAGAGGCCGCCUACGGUGAAGCCCAAACCGGACCGUGCCAGGCUUCAGCUUCAGCUUGCGGGAGAGAAAGCCCCCCCGCUGCCUGUGAAGAGGAACCGCGUCCUAAAGAGGCAGACAGAGUGUCGUGGAGGGGAGGAGGGGGACAGCAUCGGGGUGGAAGGAGGUCGAUCAGCGCCUGAUGGAAAAGAGGUGGAGACUCAGAUGGUCGGGGGAGGUGAAGCGGAUAAGGAGCACAGUCCUCACACUCCUCUCAGCCCGAGCUGUGAGCCGGGCUGCAGCUGCGUGUGUCACCUGCAGUGGCCCGGCAUGAAACUCAUGUGGGUGCCCGUGAACGGCGGGGAGGAGGAGGAGGAGGAGGAGGAGGAGGAGGGAGGCGAUGAUGAUACUGAUGUGGAAGAGCAGAAGGAGGAGGAGGAGGAGGAGGAGGACGAUGACUACUGGGAGGAGGAUGAAGAGGUGGAGAGGGUGGCGGAAGGGGAGAGCGAGGCAGGGGACGAGGUGGACAGGAUGUCGGUGAUUGAUGAGGGCGAGGUGCUGAAGCAGGACAAGGUGAAGUUCCACCAGUGUUUGGACGUUUUAAUCGCCGAUGGUAACAGGAGGCGCUCGGACCCGGGCCCUCACUGUGUCCUCAAUUCUCUCGCCAUCAUCCGCUCUCAGUCUCCCCCUGUCCCCCCAAAACGGUCUCAGUCACCACAAGUCAAUCAGGCCCAAAACGAGGAGGAGAGUAUUUACGAGGCCACCCUUCCCAUGGUCGACCGCACUCCUAAGAAAACGCCAGCUGUGUGUAAGGAGCUCGAUAUUCCUCUUAUUAAAGUGCUGAAACCAACCACCCGGAACAGACUGUCCUACAGCUCCUCAGACCCGAUGUCCGAGUUCCAGACGGACACUGAACCCAUCUCCAGCCCGGACGAGGUGCCGCCCGCCAUCCCGCCGAGGAUGCCGGUGAACCCUGACGGCCGCAGCCUCACGCCCGUGCACCGAGCCGGCAUUCCUCUCCCCCAGCCCACCCUGGAGGAGUGGCGCAACCUGCGGCCCUCGUCCCCCAGCGGUUCAGUUUCCAGUGGCCAGAGCCCCCAGAGAACCCUCACACCGCCCCCACUCAGCCCUCACAGACCCCCGCCUCCGCCGCCAAAGACAGAUCCCAGAAGGCUCAGCAGUGCCUCAAUGCAAUCGCUCACUCAGAGAAAAGAAGAAGAGGAGAAUGGAGGGUAUGACGACGAGAGAGAGAACACAGCGGAAGAACCGCGUCCAGCCAGGAGCGACUCCCUCCGGAGGGACACCUCGUUCAGCUGGGAGUCCCGUCUGAAGGAUGAGCCUCUGUACCAGACGUACCGUGCCACUGUCAUCACCAAGGAGAUCCGACGGCAGACAGUGUGUCGCAACAUCAGCAAAACUAGCGUUGACUACGCCAUGGACUGGACGGCCCGUCGUUCUGGGGCUAGUGCAGGGACUGGGACAAGCACUGGUUCAGGGACUGGGUCAGGGACCGGAGCACCCAAGAGCAGCCCUGUGCCCACGCCGGGACAGAGCACCCUGUGGCAGGACCUCCCAGCUGUCCGGGAGGCCGGGGUGCUGGAGCAGCUCAAUCCGGAGCAGUGCAAGUACCAAGAGAGUAUGUUUGAGGUUUUGACCUCUGAGGCCUCCUACCUCCGAUCCCUGCGAGUUCUGACCGAACACUUCCUGGACAGCCGGGAGCUGGAGGAGACGAUGAUCAUCAGAGAGAAGAAGAACCUCUUCUCCAACAUCCUGAGGGUCCGGGAGGUCAGCGAGAGGUUCCUGAAGGACCUGGAGGACCGCAUAUUCCAUCAGGUGGUCUUCUCUGACAUCUGUGACAUCAUCCACUACCACGCCCAGCACAACUUCCCAGCCUACAUCGACUACGUCCGCAACCAGAUCUACCAGGAUAAGACGUACACCUCGCUAUUGAAGAACAACUCGCAGUUUGCCAUGGUCAUCACUCGUCUCCAGGAGUCGCCUAAAUGCCAGCGGCUGCCCUUCAUCUCUUUCUUGCUGCUGCCCUUCCAGAGAAUAACACGCAUCAAAAUGCUCAUUGAGAACAUCCUGAAGAGAACAAAGGAGAGGACGCCAGAGGAGCAGACGGCCUCCAAGGCUUUGGCUUCAGUGUCGAAGAUCAUCGACGAGUGUAACACGGAGGUGGGGAAGAUGAAACAGACGGAGGAGUUGAUCCAUAUCAAUAAAACGCUUGAGUUUGACAAGCUCAAGGCAGUCCCAAUCAUCUCCCAGACACGACACUUAGAGAAGAAGGGAGAGCUGCAGGAAAUGUCCAAAGGAGCAACUCUUUUCAACAUGAGGGCAAAGUUCACUCCCAUCUACCUCUUCCUCUUCAACGAUCUGCUCAUCAUCGCUUCCAAGAAAGGUACGGAGCGUUUUGUGGUUCUCGACCACGCCCACCGCUCUCUAGUGCAGGUGCAGGCAUUAGAUGAAGGGGCGGGCAGCAGCGCCCACUUGGAGCACUGUUUCAACCUCACCCUGCUGGAGAACCACCAGGGGCGCAUGAUGGAGCGGCUCCUCAAAGCUCCUUCGCAGUCAGACAUGCACAGGUGGAUGGUGGCUUUCCCCAACCCCACCAACUCGGAGAAAGAUGAAGAUGAAGUGAUUUAUGAGGACUGGGAUUGUCCUCAGGUGCAGUGUGUGGAGCAGUACAUCGCCCAGCAGGCAGACGAGCUCACCCUGGAGCCCACUGAGAUCAUCAACGUCAUCCGAAAAACCAAUGAGGGCCUUUAUGAAGGCAUCCGCCUGUCUGACGGUCAGAAGGGCUGGUUCCCCAUAGGAAACGUCAUCGAGAUCACCAACGAGCAUGUGAGGCGGCGAAACCUCCGCGAGCGCUACAGAGUCAUUCAGGCCGCGACCACGGUUGCCGGCAGCAAGGCCAGCACCCUGCACUAAGAUGUUUACACAAAAUCAUUCUUUAAAAAGGACAAGGAAUGGAUACAAACUCUUUACUUGAGAACCAGGAAAUUACAUCACAACAGACCUUCAAUCACCGCCUUAUUCAUAUAACUGGAGUGCGUCGUGCCGCCGGGAGCUUGACAGAAAUCAUUUACUCCCGACAGACACUAUGUGAAUGAGCAUGCUUGCAUUCCGUAACAGCAUCACAGCUGUAGUGUUUACCUCCUGCGAGCAUGCGAGUCUGCAUCAGCGUCUCCUCAUGUGCUGAACAUUUUAAAUGCCAGUCAUUCUAGCCAUUGCUCAACUAAACUGUACAUAUCAGACCUGCUGCAAGAACAGGGUUGGGUGUUCCUGUAAACACACCUGCUGUCAUGGCUGUCACUUGCACACACACCUUGAAAUGUCUCAUUCCUGCCAGGCACAACGUCACGACUAUGGCUAGAAUACAGGAUAUGACAUGUUCUGAAACAAGAAUCCCAUAGAAGGCUCAAAAUUCAACAAUGUUAACAUUUUAACGCAAUUUAUCUCAGUACAAGACAAACUUUGGAAAGAAAUCUUAUCAGGAAGUGCCUUUUGAAUAAACUCAAAUCCCAAUCAGGGCUUCUAUCAGGAUUAUAUCAAGCACAAUAGCUGCCAUUAGGACUUCUCAGUGGUCAUUGUGGAAAUAUAGCUCCCCCUGCAGCAUGUCGUCAGUAAAGGCAGGAUACUAUAUGCUGAUAUGCUGUAAAUAUUAUGUUGUAAAUAAUAAGUUGGGAAUUGUCUCAUUCAAAAACAGUGGUAACGUUUUUAAUAAAACAAACAUGUGACUUUUUA